AUGCUCUGCAGGCACCACUCCCCUCUCCCUGCACACAGCGCCCAGCAGACUACCGACUGCACCAUGUACAAGCUCGUCGCCUUCUUCGCCGUGCUGGCCGUGGCCGCCGCCGCCCCCGGCUACCUGGGCGCCCCUGCAGUGGCCACCUACGCCGGCCCGGCAGUGGCCACCUACGCCGCCCCCGCCGUGGUUCCCCUGGCCUACUCUGCGUACGCCGCCCCCGCCGUGGUGGCCGCACACGCCCCCCUGGGCUACUCUGCCUACGCCGCCCCCACCGUGGUCAAGACCCACAUCUACUGA